AUGAGGAAAAAGGGAAAAAGAAGGGAAAAUGAAGGGAACAGAGAAACAGAGGGAAGGAAAAGGAGGACAGAGACAGACAGAGAGAGUUUGUGUAUAGGGCAAGUAUAAAAGGCAUACUGUAAUCAGUUUUCUCCACUCUGUUACCCCAUGAAAUCAAGGUAAAGAAAAGCUCACGUAUCAGUAUGUUUGUUGUUUUUGUGGGUUUUUGAUUUUGGCCCAAAAGCUGUGUUGAAUCCAAAGCUUUUUAGAGUGUGACUGUUGCUGGGCAACUGGGUAGCAAUUUGCAUAGAGAGUCGCAGUAAAGUGUUUGGGAGUCCUCAUAACUCUCUCCCCCCUAUUCUCUCUGUCCCCCUCCCUCCACCCCAAUUUUCCCCCCCCCCGCCCCCCCCGUCCUUCGCCUCCCCCUUUCUUCUCUCCCUCCCUCUCCUUUCUCGCCUCUUCUUCUCUUUCUUCGUCUCUCACUCUCUUCCCCUCUUUUCUCUCUCUCUGCUCUCUCAUCUCUCUUUUCUUUCCCCUCUCUCUAUCUCUCUCAUCUCUCUCUCUCUCUCUCUCUUCCCUUCCUUUUCUCUCUCUCUUCUUCUCUCUCUUCUCCUUUUUUCCUCCCUCUUUGGUCUCCGGCAUGCAGGGAGUGAGUCGUGAAGGCAGGAGUGAUGGAGAGUGAUUGGAAUUUCUUUUCACUCUAUUGGUUUUGGUGUGAAUAUAUAUAUAUAUAUUGAUUAGUUUAGUUGUUUUAAGGUUAUCUUAUCUAACUAUCACUAAGCACGUAUAGGGGUGGUGGGAUCGUUGAGGUUGUUUUUUUUGCGAGGGCACAACCAGUGGGUGGGGCUGGUUGCAAUGGCCACUCGCGGAAGUUUGGAGUUUGAAAAAUGUAGUCGGCGGCAUGGAGUAAAGAUUCUGCUGCGGCCGGGUGUUCAGUGGAAGAAUGUAGCUUAGCAGUGGGUGCUAUCAUUGGGUAUGAUAGCAUCAAAUCAGCCUCAAGGAUGAAUAGCGGUGUAGUGAUAUUCUUAGAUUCCAUUGAAAAGGUGAAUAUGAUAGUUGAGAGUGGUGUUGUGUUGUGGGAGACACAGACGUCGGUAUUUCCUCUAAUGAAUCCGGCGAAGAAAGUUAUACUUUCUAACGUGCCACCAUUUGUUAGAGAUGAAGUGUUGGAGCGAGAGUUAUCUCGUCAUGGUCAAAUUGUAUCUACAAUAAAGAAAGUUAUUUUUGGAUGCAAAUCUCCUUUGCUGAAACAUGUCGUGUCUCAUAGGAGACAAGUGCAUAUGAUUUUAAAGAAGGACAAUGAUGAACUGAAAUUAGCAUUCAGUUUUAAGAUUGAUGGAUUUGAUUAUGUCUUCUACGCUUCUACUGAAUCAAUGGAAUGCUUUGGCUGUUGAAGAGAGGGGCAUUUGGUACGUAAUUGUCCCGAGAACGAGCAUGCAGAGCCUGGUAGCAGCUAAUACACCACCGCGAAGGGAUGAACAUGCUAAGGGUGCAGGGGAAGGUGGGAAGAUGUGGUUGGAAAAGUAGGAAAGGAAAGCAGUGUGGAUACGGGGGCAAUUGUGGUAGAUCAGAACAAAUAGGGAGGGGAAACAGUUGGUGAGAUUGCGACUGUGGUCGCUGAGGUGGUGCUGGAAAAUGAAAUUGGAGGUCAAGAGGAGAUUGAAAUAAUGGAAAAGGAAGCAGCUGUUUUCAAAAUACCGAGGAGUAAGAGGAAGAAUUUAAGGGGUGGUGAAGGGUCUAAUUCCAAGAGGAAGGUAGAGAUUGAUAAAUCAGUUGAGGAUGAACAAAUCAAAUCAAAUCAAAUCAAAUUUUAUUGGUCACAUGCGCCGAAUACAACAGGUGCAGACAUUACAGUGAAAUGCUUACUUACAGCCCUUAACCAACAGUGCAUUUAUUUUAAACAAAAAAGUAAGAAUAAAACAACAACAAAAAAGUGUUGAGAAAAAAAGAGCAGAAGUAAAAUAAAGUGACAGUAGGUUGUAGAGAUGGUGGAGAUGGUGGAGUUUUCUUCUGGGGAGGAUAGCGAGAGUGAGUCAUCUGACUGUCACGCCCUGGCUCUGGGGACACUGUUAUGUUGAGCCAGGGUGUGUAGAUCUAUGUUCCGUAUUUCUGUGUUCGCCUGAGUGACUCCCAAUCAGAGGCAACGAGUGUCAGCUGUUUGCUGGUUGUCUCUGAUUGGGAGCCAUAUUUAAACUGUCGGUUUUCCUUUGUGUUUUGUGGGUUCUUGUUUCUAGUUGGUUUAGUUUCACCGUGAACUGUCACGUUACCGUCUUUGUUUGUUUUGAUCGUGUUUUCGCUCAUUAAAGAGUAUGUUUGCCUGCAACGCUGCGCCUUGGUCUACUCCUUACCCUGACGGUCGUGACAGAAGAACCCACCUAAACUGGACCAAGCAGCGUGAAGAGGAGAGAGGAAGGACCUGGGAUCAGUGGAGUAGGAGUUUCGACUGGGCCCCGCUAAGUGAAGAGAAGAGAGGCUGGUCUAUGGAGCAAUGGAUUAAGAGUUUCGACUGGGUCAAGCCAAUUGAGGAGCUGAAUAGCGGGAGUUGGAAGCAGAAGAGUGAGAGUCUGGCGAGAACUAGGGAGGCCUGGUCCACGGGGAGGAGAGAACCCCGGAAGAUUUUUAGGGGGGGGCUCACGACGUGGACGACGGGGCAGCAGGAGGCCGCGAUGGAGCGGUCCAGCGGGUGUGCAGAGGAGGCCGCCAGGUUAGGGGGGCCACUGGUCACAGAGGAGAGGGAAGGUGUGGAGGCACGGCGAGAGGUACUGGGGUGUGUUACCAGUCCGGUCCGGCCCGUUCCUGAUCCCUGCGUGGGGCCAGUGGUGUGUGUCCCCAGUACGGUCCGGCCUGUUCCUGUUCCUCGCAUCGAGCCUGUGGUGCGUGUCGUCAGCCCGGCCCGGCCUGUUCCUGCUUCCCGCACCGAGCCUAUGGUGCGCGUCGCCAGCCCGGUCCGGCCUGUUCCUGCUCCCCGCACCAAGUCUGUGGUGCGUUUCGUCAGCCCUGUCCGGCUCGUUCCUGCUCUCCGCACCAAGUCUGUGGUGCGCGUCGCCAGCCCAGUCCGGCCCAUUCCUGCUCCACACACCAAGCCAGGGGUGUGUAUAGUCAGCCCGGUCCGGCCAGUUGCUACUCCACGCACCAAGCCAGGGGUGCGCAUCGUCAGCCCGGUCCGGUCCGUUCCUGUUCCUGUCAGCUGUUCGUGUUCUUGGUAUUUUGACUCUCUUCCUGUGUAUUUCGAGAGUCCGCACUGCGUGCGCUUUUUCCUUGUUUUACGCACUGUGUUGUGUGCGCAUUUGUCGUUCGCGCCUCCCGGUUGGGUUGGCUAUUUUCUCCUGUUUGGAGUUGUUUUGCACCACUAAAGACUGUUGACGUACUCUUGUGUGCCUGCGCUUGAUUCCCUACACCACAUCCACACUCAGCGUUCGUGACACUGACGCGUCACAACAAAAUAGUUAGAUAAAUGGGGUGGAAGGGAGGUAUGGGAUUGAGAAGGUACGUCAAUUUCUGAAGUUGACAAAAGGGAAGAAAUAUAUGUAGGAUUAUAAUGUAACAUAUGUUGUUCCUGAAAGUGAAUUGUUUAUUGAAUCAGCAAAGUUUCUGAUGUCAAAAAUAACAGGGGGAGGUUUGACAAGCCCUGAAAUUGCUAGACUCAAGAAAGUGGUCACGAGAGUGAUAAGUGAUGUAAAUUCUAAAGAAAAUGAAAGAGUUCAGUCGCAGCCUUAACUCUGUAAAGAGAUGUGGUUUCUGGGUCUUCCUCUGUAUUUUUUUCCAUCCAUGAGCAGUUUUAAGAUUUCUUCUUUAAACGUAAAUGGGGAGAGACGUUAAAAAAAGAGCCAUUGUGUAUGAGUUCAUUAGGGGAAAGGGAAGUGACAUAAGUUUUCUACAAGAAACGCAUAGUAAUUUGGAAAAUGAAGUUAUGUGGCAACAGGAGUGGGGUUGGGGGGGGGGGGGGGGGGGGGACAGUGGUGUGUAGUCAUAAAAACUAAAAAAGUGGGGGUGUGGCCAUCUUGUUCUCAAAAGGGUUUUUGCCUUUGUGAUAUGAGGUUGAAGAGGUAGUUGAGGGGAGGUUAUUAAAAGUUAGAGUGAGGUAUGAAAACAUCACUAUGUGUCUGAUAAAUGUAUAUGCCCCAGUGGUGGCAGUUGAGAGGGUAUGUUUUUUAGAGACAUUAUCAAAUACCAUUGAGAAAUGUAAUACUGAAGAUUAUUUAUUUAUUGCUUGGGAUUUUAACUACACAGUCAGUGAUUUAGAUAAAAAUCACAAAGAACCUAAUAUAGCCUCAAGGACUUUUUUAAAACGCCUCAUUGUAACACAUGAACUGUGUGAUACAUGGAGGCACGAGACAGAACACCUGGGCGCAUGUGAGAGAGAACGCCAUCUCUAUGGCCAGGUUAGAUAGGUUUUAUUGUUUUGAGCAUCAAUCUCAGGUCUGUAAAUCAAGUAUGAUAACCCCAGUGGGAUUUUCUGAUCAUUGUUUAAUAACAGAGGUGGUGUUCAUUAACGAUGUAAAACCCAAAAGCGCAUACUGGCAUUUUAAUAUAACUUUAUUGAGUGAUGCUCACUUCAGGAAAUGUUUUAGUUUUUUCUGGGAGAGGUGGAGGUCUCAAAAGGCCAGUUUUGUAUCCCUUCAACAGUGGUGGGAUAUAGGGAAAAUCCAGAUUCAACAAUUCUGUAAUCAAUACACGAGGAAUGUCACCAAGGAUAUCACUAGAUCAAUGAAAGCCCUAGAGACUGAAAUAGUGGAAUUCAUGACGUUGGUUGAGACCACAGGAGAUCGAGGCCAUACUCAGGCCCUCAAGAGGAAAAAAGCUGCAUUGGCAGGCCUGCUGGGUAUCAGAGCACAGGGGGCAUUGGUGAGAAGUAAUUUUCAGGGAAUCUCUGAAAUGGAUGCCUCAUCCAAAUUUUUCUUUGGUUUAGAGAAAAAGAAUGGACAAAGAAUAAUUAUUCAUUGUCUCAAAUCAGCUGUUGGACAGGAGCUCACUAGCCCUAGUGAAAUUAGAAAGAGGGCAGUAGAGUUCUAUGCUGAGCUCUACAAGUGUGAGUACAAAGAGGAUAAAACAGUGACACAGCAGUUCCUUGAUGGGCUCCCACAGGUGGCUGCAGAAGCUCAGGUUGAGCUAGAGCAACCAUUUUCUUUGCAGGAGCUAUACACUGCAUCCAAGGCAUGGAAAAUUGAUUUUUUGGACAUCUCUAGGGCUAUUGGGUUGGAUGCUGGUCUAAUUUAAAUUGAUCAGGAAAAGGCAUUUGACCGAGUUGAACAUCAAUACUUAUGGCACACUUUUGAGGUGUUUGGUUUCAGCUCUGGUUUUAUUGCCAUGAUAAAGGUGAUAUAUGGUGACAUUGAAAGUGUACUGAAAGUUAACGGUGGUUUGAGUGCUCCUUUUAAAGUGUGUAGAGGUAUUAGGCAGGGAUGUUCUUUGUCGGGAAUGUUAUAUGCCAUUGCUAUAGAGCCACUAUUAAAUAGCAUUAGAAGUCGCAUUGAAGGGGUGUACCUUUCAGAGGAUAUUCCUCCUAUUCGUCUCUCAGCCUAUGCUGAUGAUGUAGUUAUUUUAGUGAAAAAUCAAGCGAAGGUGGAUAGUUUGAAUCUAAUGGUUGAUCGUUUUAUGGGAAUAUCCUCUGCAAAGGUAAAUUGGGAAAAAAGUUGUGCUUUACAGAUUGGAGAAUGGUCUGGAGGGAUCAUGGCUUUGCCAGGGGGGCUGGAAUGGUGUAAGGGAGGUUUUAAGUAUCUUGGAGUGUACCUAGGAGAUGAGGGGACAAUGGAAAAAAAUUGGAUUGGGGUGGUUGAAAUGGUGGAAGGGAGGAUGAGGAGAUGGCGUUGGUUGUUAUCUCGUAUGUCAUAUAGGGGGCGCACUAUUAUAGUUAACAAUGUGGUUGCCUCUGCACUGUGGCAUCGGUUGUUAGUUUUAGAGCCACCAUCUGGCCUUCUGGCUAAGAUACAGGCGAUUACUGUAGAUUUAUUUUGGGAUAAAUAUCAUUGGGUUCCACAAAGUGUUUCGUAUUUGUCAAAAGAGGAGGGGGGACAAGGUCUUUCCGGUUUCAGUUUAUUCAAAGGUUGCUUUAUGGACCGGAAAAUGUGGUUUGGAGAGGGGUGGCAGGUCUUGUAUUACAGCAGGUUGGGGGAUUAGGUUUAAAGAAGGCUUUAUUUUUGGUUGAUAGUAGCCAGAUUUCUAGGGAGGGAGUACCUCCGUUUUACAGAGGCCUUCUUAGGGUGUGGAGCAUAAUGAAGGUGUCCAGAUACACUUCAGCGGAGUCAGUGCAUUGGCUGUUGGAGGAACCUCUGGUGUAUGGGGCAAGACUGGAUUGUACAACUGCAGCUGUUCCACAUUUCUCCAAGAUUCUGGUGAAGGGCAAAAUCAUCACCUUAAAACAGUUAAUGGCCAUGGCUGGGCCCGCCUUAAUGGAUGGAAGACGGGUGGCUGAACAUUUGUGGGUGAGGUCGGAAAGGAUUGUCAGACAACUGCUGGGAAGCUGCAGGAAUGCUCUGUCAGCAGAAGAGUGGGGUAUGCUGAAUAGUCACAAGAAGAAGGUACAAGAUGAAAACGUCUCAUUUCCAAGACUAGGGAUUACACCCAAUAUCCCAGAGUCAGAAAGAAAGGCGUUAUUACUGGAUUUGAGUGGGUUGGAAGAGGUGGGUUUGGAUGAGGUGAAUGGGAAAUACUUAUAUAGGGGGUGUGUCAAGGUGUUGAAUAAAGAUAAAUUGAAAAAUAGAAAAGACACUCCAUGGAGGGUAAAAUUGGGCAUUGAUGACAAGGUAAAGCCAGCAUGGAGAGCACUGUACAAGCCACCGUUACAAAAGUGUCACGUGAUUGGGAACCACACCGGCCAACAUAGAUCUAGACGUACUAGAUCUAAACCUAGAAAAUACAACAUAGAAAGUCACACCCUGACUCAACAAAUAAGAGUCCCCAGAGUCAGGGCGUGACAAAAAGGGUACUGAUGAUAUGCAAUGGAGGGUUUUGCAUGGCAUCAUUGCAGUUAAUGCUUUUGUAUCUGUUAUUAACUCAGAUGUUGGAGAUGGAUGUCCUUUUUGUAAUAUAAGAGAAACAAUUUUUCACUGUUUUAUGGAGUGUGAGAGGAUAAAACCUCUCUUGGAAAUACUGGAGUCUUUGUUUAAAGCUGUAGGGGAGAUUUUCAAUAACACUGUUUUUAUUCUGGGGUUUCAAUAUCAACAGAAAAUAAAAUGUAAACUGUUAAAUUGUAUUUUGGGACAAGCUAAGAUGUCAAUUUUUCUGAGUAGGAAACAUAAGAUAGAAACGGGAUAUAGGAAGGAUGUAAGAUGUGUUUUUAAAGGAUUAGUGAAAGCGAGAAUAAAAGUGGAUUUUGAGUUCUUCUCGGCUGUAAAAGAUCUCCCAUUGUUUGAGGAGAAGUGGGCUACGAAGGAGCGGUUGGUUUUGUGGAGGAGGGGAAACUAUUUUUUGUUGAUGAAAUGAGUUGAAUCUAUAUAUAUGUUUUUUUUGUAUUUUUAUGUAAUUUAUUUUUAUUUUUAUUUUAUUUUAAAAUUUUAUUUAGGAAUGACAUUUGUUGUUUCAUUUCUGAAAAGGCAGUGUGCCAUUAUUUGUGGUAACACUUGAGUAUAAAAUAAAGGUUUUAUAAAAACUCUCUCUCUCUCUCCCUCUCUCUCUCUUUCCCUCCCUCUCCCCCUCUCUCCCUCCCUCUCUCUCCCUCUCUCUUUCUCUCUCUCCCUCUGUAUCUCUCUCUAACUCCCUUGCUCUCUCUCUAGCAUGGUGACAGUGGUGGUGGUCAGUGUAUGAACUGUAAGUACCGUGGAGAGGAGAGUCUGGCCCACUACUCUCCCUGGUCCUGUGGAACCAUCAGUACCUGCAUCAGCCCCUUCGAACCAGAGCAUCACAAGGCCUCAUCUCACUCCUGCUCCGAACACUUAGUGAGUCUCACAACAUGCCUUCUUAAUUCAACCAAACAUCCACACAGACACAUAUAGAUCCUACGGAACAUAAGAAUAUACUUUAGCAACACAUGACAAACUAGGCAGUUACUGUGACAUAGCCUACACUAACUAAUGAAAAUGUCUAUGUUUUCUACUAACGCUGUGUCUUUCAGGAAGUAGACAAUGGUGAAAGGACGCGGUGGCUACACACAUUUGAGCCCUACCGCCGUCUGAAAGACGAGGACCCCAUCAUACCGUUUGGAGAGGGGCCCAUCAUUUCCAAAUGGGGGGCGAUAUCCCGCGCCUCCCGUACAGGGUACCACACCACCGACCCGGUCCAGGCCACGGCCUGUCAAGGAAGGAACAGCACCACCCCCAUCAACUUCAGAGGUGAGGAGAGGAUAGGAGGGAGGUAAACAUUUAAAUGAAUAAGAAAUGAUCCAUUAUUAUAUCUCUCUUGUAAUGUUUUAUAUAUCCUAUCUAUGACUUGUUAUAUCUCAGAUUUUCUGGGAACCAGGGUUGAAAUGACAGCAGCAGAAAAAACUUAAGAUGUUCAACCAACAGAAUUGUUAUUCCCUAGUUCAUUUUUUGUCAUGAAUGUGGAUGUUAUGUGCAGAAAGAAAUCUCUUUCAACUAUGCUAGAGUUUUAAGACCGGCUGCUAAACUAGCACAGCGCAGAAUCCUCUUAACAUGUAGGGGGAUUAGAGCGUGAAUAUAAAUGAACAUUCUCUUUCAUCUCCAGGCCAGGCUCUGAAUGCACCCAGGCUCUCAGCAGGCUCAGCAGAGCCUGGUUCAUUGCAGUCAGCGCUCCCAUGUAUUCACUUAAGCAUAGUGUUGACAAGGGUGGGAAAAUUCAUUGUAAUAGGUUGCUCAAUGUUAUUGUAAAUCUAUGGUUAUAACAGAUUAUGGUCCACACAUCGACCAUGGGGACAACAGGUGGAGCUCCCGGGGGUCUGACUCAUCCAGCCACUCCAGUUUCCUAGAGAGGUACAGUAUAGAUUCUAUACUAUACUAUACUAUACUAUAUAAUACUAUACUAUACACCAUAUAGAGCCAUCCCAUCCCCUCCUUUCUCUCUUCACCCUAAACAAAGGCAUUGUCCUGUUGUCUUUUAUAUCUUGUAUUUUAUAUCUUGUUGUUUUACUUCGAGGUCCUCUUGUAUGUAUGCUGCUGAGAAUUUGCUUGCUCAUCAUGACUGUGUUGGAAGUGUUGUUUUCACCCUCUCCUCUUCCUCUCCUCCCUUCUCGGAGGGAAAGGGAGAGCUGGACGUAGGAGAAGAGAAGCAGAGGAAACAGAAAGAGAAGCGGGAAGAAGGGAAGAAGGAGAGAGAGAGACGCAAGGAUAGAGGAGGAGACGAGGAGUAGGGGAGGAAAAGGAGAGAGAGAGAGAAGGAGAAGAAGAGAAGAUAAGGAAGGAGGAAGAAAGAGGGAGCUAAGGUCAAAAGAGAGAGCAGAGCGCAACCUCCAUCGCCUUACGGCGCGACGUCGCCUCUACUCUCCUCGUUCCUCUCCUCUCCUCUUCUCUCUCCUCUUCUCCUCUUCUCUCUCCUCUCCUACUCCUCCUCUUUCAUUGUGCUGCAGUCAGUUCUCUCCUCAGACUAAAAAUAGAGAGUCUCUCUGGACUCUGUGGUAGUUUUCUACCUGCUGACGAUCUCUUCUGUAACCCUCCUGACUCUGACUAACAUUCUGUCUGUCUGGUCGUCUGUCCUGUGCUCCACAAGUCUCUCAUUCUGCUGUCAGUGCAUCAGCUAUUUACAUCAAAUCAGUCAGAAUACACAUGUGAUAAAAGAACAGUACGGUACAAUAUAGUACAAUACAGUACAAUACAGUACAAUACAAUACAGUACAGUACCAUAUAGUACAAAGCCACUGUUUUACUGUACUUUUGCAUGUCUGAAGCAGCACAGUGAAGAUAUUGUAGAUGAUCUCAAGUUGCCACCAUUCCUGUAUGUCAACAGUGACCAGCUGGGAGUGUGUGAGCUUGCCGCCCGUCGGCAGUCAGUCAGCAGUGGAGAGAAGGCUGGUGCAGGAGACCUGCUGCAGACUGACUACUGUAAAGACACGACAGAGAGUGAACCGGACAGAGACAUAGAACUGGAGCUGUCUGCACUAGAUGUGGAGGGCACUGACCUGCAGGACAACAGUCAACAGUCUGAAGUGCAGUGACGUCUCUAUGUGUCUGAUUGAUUGAAUGUGAUUUAUUUAUUUCUUUAUUGGUUGAUAUAUUUAUUUAUUCAUUGGAUGAUUGAUUUAUUGAUUGAUUGGUUGAUUGAUAAUAUGUCUGUGUCCCAUAAGGGAUGAUCUGGGAACUGUAAAGUGGUGGAAUAGCACAACAUCUGACUUUGUAAUGUAGUUAGUCUAUUACAUCAACUAUAUGUUUUCCAUGUCUACUCUCCCCGUCUGACUUUUUCUCUGAAUGUCUUAGGAGUCCCUGGAGCGGAGAGACCCCCACCUCCUCACCCCUCCCAGCAGUGAACCCCAGAGGACCCAGAAAGACAAGCUGUCAGCAGACAAGAUGGAAGCACGACGACUGAAGAAGAUGGCCUUCAGGUGAGCUCGAUCAACCACUAGCCUACCCUCAACCGAUGUCUGGCAACAUGAGACUAGUAAACACUAAACACACCAGUAGCAAGGCUCAAUAUUGAUGUGGUUUCUCCCUCAUCGAGAACAUUCAAUUCAAUAAACUUUAUUUAUCCCUGAGGGGCAAUUAUUUUUGGCAGGCAUGAUCAUAACAUGGUCAUAUACACAUCACAUAGGCCUGCACUUGGGUGAGAAAACUCAGCAUAAAGGAAACAACCGUUCCCUUACUGUACCUUCUCUGUUUCUGACAAGGACUAUAAAGGAUAGAGAUCUCUUCUACUCCUUGGUUACUGAUCAGAACCCAUACUGCAUCUCUGUGUCCCAGGAGGUCUCUCUCCCCUGGAAGUCUGGGCUCAGGAGGCCUCAGCAUGGGGAAGCUGAUGAUGAGGACCGGCCCUCUGAGGCUGGGGGACAUGGGCCCUUGCCCUAACACAGGCCCUGAGAUGCUGCUCAACGGGAGAUGA